AUGCGGACUUCUCUACUUGUGUGCGUCUUUGCGCUGCACAGCUUCCCGGGCAUGCUGGGUCUUCCAGUGCGCAGAACCGGCAGGUACAAAGUUACACCGGCCUUUGAGAGAUUCCCAGACCUAAAGAGGAGGGGAAAGGUUCCUCACGCUCAGGACUUUGUGAAUGAAGCGAGUACCCCAACAAACUCCCCCAACGCAUGGAACCGACCUCGCUGUGGAGUGCCGGACUUCCUCACCCAGAAGAAUGUGCGUCAUCGAGAAGGACACCGCCAGAGACGCUUCGUGCUACACGGAGGGCGUUUCGACAAGACAGACCUCACAUACAAGAUCAACAAGUUUCCCUGGCAGAUGGGUGAGGAGAAGGUGCGACGAGUCUUUCGAGAGGCGGUGAAGAUCUGGAGCGACGUCACACCUCUCACUUUCACCGAGGUCCGCAGCGGGACGGCUGACAUCCAAAUCGACUUUACUCGCUACUAUCAUGGAGACAGCCUCCCCUUUGACGGACUGGGUGGGAUUCUCGCUCACGCCUUCUUCCCCAAAACACACAAACAAGGAGAAAUUCACUUCGACUACGAUGAAUCCUGGACUCUGGGAAACCACAUGGGUACAGAUCUUCUGCAGGUCGCUGCCCAUGAAUUCGGGCACGUCCUGGGCCUGCAGCACUCGCACAAGCCAAAAACCAUCAUGUACGAGUACUACUCUUUCUCCUACCCGCUGAAGCUGAGCGAGGAUGACAAGCAAGGCAUCCAGUACCUGUAUGGAGCUAAACCGCGGGUUCUGGCUCCACGGCCAACCACUCCCCCACCUCCUCCCCCACCACCACCUCAACACAUCUACACCGAGACCAACGAAAUUCCUCCCGACGUCUGCGAGACGGACUUCGACGCGGCGUCUAUGAUCCGAGGGGAGCUGUUCUUCUUUAAGGCGGGUUACGUUUGGAGGAUCAGAGACCCUGCAGGAUCAAAGCAUCUGGAGAGCGGGUACCCGGCUCUGGCGUCCCGGCACUGGAAGGGGAUUCCUGUCAAGAUUGACGCCGCCUUUGAAGACAAGUUAGGAAAUAUUUGGUUCUUUAAAGGAGAUCACUUCUGGGUGUUUGAUGCCGAGACCCUCAUCAGGGGGCCGGAGUCCAUUCGGAGUUUGGGUCUGUCCAUAUCCAGGAUCCAGGCCGCACUUCGCUGGGGCCACGAUUCCAACUACAACACCUACUUCUUCAAGUCGGGCAGUUACUGGAGGUUCAGCCCUCACGAGAACCGAGUCGAGUCUGCCCACCCGCGCAGGAUGCAGGACUGGAGCGGCAUCCCAGACGACGUGGAUGCUGCCUUCAGGGACAUGCACGGCUACGCUCACUUUAUCCGAGGACGGCUUUAUUGGAAGUUCGAUCCUGUUGGCAUGAACUCGUUGGAAGGCUACCCUCGCUACGUCGGUGUGGAUUUCUUCGGCUGUGGACCCGAGUGA